AUGGCUGCGAGUCCUACCGAUUCCGGUCAAUUCCAGGUAGAGGAAAAGUCAUCAAGCCAGACUUGCGACAACAUAAAGCCAAAUACCAGCCAUCAGGAGCAUGCCGAGACGUAUGCUGACGAGACUGGGCUAUCUCAAGAUGAACAGGAAUCUACCAAGAUGACAUUCCGCCGAUUCAUGGGCUUCACAGCCAUGGCCUUUCUCUGGACUGGUAGUCAGAUCCCCGUCUACCUUUUCGGUGGUAUCCCUCCCAUUAUCUAUGGUGAUAUCGGCGGAGUGGACAGAUGGGUCUGGUUUGUUCUAGGGAAUCUCCUGGCUCUAGCCGGUGUUUGUCCUUUCGUUGGUUCCCUCUCUGAUCUCAUCGGGCGCCGUUAUGUUGCUCUUAUUGGGGCUUCGCUGGUCACUGUCGGAAUGAUUAUUUGCUCAACGGCACACGCAAUGAAUACCUUUAUUGCCGGAAUGGCCAUCGCCGGCGCAGGUGCUGGAGUCAACGAGCUCACGGCACUGGCUGCCACAGCCGAAAUGGCACCUACUCGCCAACGAGGCAAAUAUGUCGCUGUCUUGAUCUUUACCAUUGCCCCAUUCGCGCCAUCAGUGCUCUGGGCCCAGCUGAUAGCAGAUGCAGGCAGUUGGCGUCACGUCGGAGCUUUCUGCGCCGCGUGGAGUGGGCUUGGUUUGAUCAUUACAGCAAUCUUCUAUUUCCCUCCGCCUCGAGUUAAUUCGGAAGGCCUUACUCGAGCAGAAAUCAUCGGCAGGAUUGAUUUCGUCGGCGGCUCUCUGAGCAUCGUGGGUUUGAUUCUUUUCAUGGCUGGAAUGCAAUGGGGCGGUUACCAAUAUGACUGGGAUUCUGCACACGUUCUCGCCCCUCUUAUCCUCGGGGUAGUCCUACUAAUCGCCUUCGCCAUCUGGGAAAUUUACGGCGCAAAGUUUCCCAUCUUCCCAAGCCGCCUGAAGCAGGAGCCCCGUACACUAAUUCUAACUCUCGUCAUUACAUUUAUCUCUGGUGCCAAUUUCUUCUCGGUGCUCAUGUUUUGGCCUACACAGGCAUUCAACGUUUACGGCCAUGACCCAGUCGAUAUCGGUAUCCGCAGCCUUCCCAUCGGCUUUGGGAUCAUGGGUGGCGCCUGUAUUGUUUUGUGGCUCCUUAGCGUCCUUCGUGGCCACAACAAGGAACUCCUAAUUGCUAGCAGUGUUUUGAUGACGGCAGGAUGCGGCGCUAUGGCCGUAGCGGACGUCGACAACAUGCAUCAACUCUGGGGCAUUCUUAUCGUCGCAGGCCUAGGUAUUGGCGGGAUAGUCGUUCCAGCAUCCAUAAUCACCACCAUAAUCUGCCCAGAUGACCUGAUCGCCACCAUCUCAGCCCUAACGCUCUCCAUCCGCGUCGUGGGUGGCAGUAUCGGCUACACGAUAUAUUACAACGUCUUCGUGAACAAGUUUGUCCCCAACGCAGAGAAAUACAUCGGCGGCGUUAUGUCCAUGCAGCUCAACAUUACAGACGUAGGUCUGAUCACCGAGGCAAUUGAGCUGACAAGUGCGUCUCUCCUGGAAGGAUUGCACGAGAUUCCCGGAAUAAACGGCAGCCAGACCGCUUAUGAGGCUGUCGUUCUUGCUGGGCAGCUUGCAUAUGCGGAGAGCUACAAGUGGGUAUAUUAUGCCAGCAUUGGGUUUGGGGGCGUAUCAAUCCUGGCGGCGUGCUUUUUGGGGAAUAUUGCCAAUUAUAUGGAUGAUCAUGUUGCUGUUGUCAUACAUUAG